AUGGACAGUCCGUAUGCACGUGAGCUUACAGUCGCCAUUGGCGCCUUGCAAAAGGCGGCAAAGCUCAGCCAGUCCAUCGUCUCUAGCCAAGACAAGGGCGCCAUCGAAAAGGAAGAUCUAAGCCCUGUGACAGUCGCCGACUUCGCUGUUCAGGCCCUUCUCACAGCGACAAUCAAGCAUGCCUUUCCUGCGGACCAUGUCGUCGGGGAGGAAGAUGCCUCUGAUCUUCGCAAGAACCCCGUUCUGAUGGAGCGGGUGUGGGAGCUGCUGAGCCGGAUCGCAAGUGACCAUGACACUCCGUCGCUCUGCCAGCUUCCCACAACUCGAGAGCAGAUGUGCGAUCUGAUCGAUGAAUGCGGUGCCAGUAGUCCGGCAGCGUCCGGCCGAACCUGGAUCUUUGACCCGAUCGAUGGGACCAAGACGUAUCUUCGUGGAGAGCUCUACGCCAUCAACAUGGCCCUUCUGUUGGAUGGAGAGCAAGUUGCCGGCAUUGUCGGAGCGCCCAACCUAUCCAUCGAUGCAAAGGCGCCUCUACGAAAUGAGAACAUCGACCCCACGGGUCAAGGCUGCAUAUUCUUUGCUGUCAAGGGGCACGGUGCCUUCGUUCGUCCCCUAUCGACAGAUGCGCCCCAAAGACUUGCUUCCCACGCUGCAGACCAAGAUGUCCGCUUCGUCACAUGCGCCAAUAUCGUCGACUCUGCCCUCGACGGCGUGCACGAAGUCGUCGCCUCUCGCCUCAACGCUCCCUUCCCAGGCUGUGACCUCGUACCUUGGGUCCUCCGCUGGGCGGUUCUCGCAAUGGGCCUUGGCAACACAACAGUCUGGGUGUACAAGCGCCGAGACCGCUACGCCAAGGCAUGGGAUCACGCAGGAGCUAUGUUACUAUUCGAGGAGGCCGGUGGAAAGAUCACUGAUGUGCAUGGAAAGAAAAUUGACUUGACGGCCGGGAGAAAGAUGAGCGCUAAUUUCGGGUUCGUCGCGGCGCCGGCUGACCUUCACGGACGGGUUCUCGAGGUUGUGCACGAGGUGCUAAAGGAGCAAGGGAAGGAUGAUUUUUUGAAGUAA